GUGUUCCACAAUUCUCAUUGAAAACACUCUGUACAUGUCUCGUGGUGUCAUGGCAAUAUAUCCAAUGUAUUUUUGUUUUUUCAUAACAAAAAGAUUAUCUGAUGACACUUUAACCAUAGGCAAGCAGUCUACAUAAAAACUUCCCUUACCCAACACCUUACUGCGCAUCUGUUCUCUCUUUCCAUGUGAUGCAUGGAUGUGAUAUUGAGCCUGACCAGCUAUGAACAGACUGUCCUCUAGUCACUGCACCCAAGACAUCUUCUGAGCGCUCUCGAGCUGAUUUCUUAGUCUUGCUGUUGUGACCCUGAGAAGCUCCGAGCAGCAGCUGCUCCUCUAAUCAGUUGACCUGGUAAGAUGAGCCUCCCUUGAACUGUAGUGGGCGUCUGUGCUGGUCGCUUGCCUUACAGUGCGAUGAGAUGAGUCCCUUAAAUAGAUGGGAAGGCAGAGCUAUAAAAGGGUUUUUUUUGUGCCGCUGCCUUUGGUGUGAGCAGCGUUUUGUUGGAUUGCGAAUCUGCAUUCAGAUCCAUGCCGGAGCCAGACAUAGGCAGCCUUGCGGCAAAAACGCUAAAUUAGGACCUUUAAACCACGUUCCGUGGGAAGGGAGAUCUACACAAUUCUGUUCAGGUGGAUAAGAAGCCCCUCAGAGCUGGCGCUAAGUUCCCCUUCCGCAGCCCCUGAUCACGGCAUCCUCAGAAUGCGGUAUUACCCCACCCGCAGACUGAGAUCAACACGGACUGUACGUUUUCCAAAUGAUAUACUCUUUUUGGACCAUAUUCGUCAGGGCGACCUGGAGCAGGUUGGGAGAUUCAUACGGGCCAGGAAGGUGAAAAUUGAUACAAUUUAUUUAUCAGGUGAGGAUGGCAUGUAAAGGUCUAAUUAUCAUCUAUUAUAUCACUUUAAUAUCAGAAACAGACCUCUAAAUUGCCAAAACUUUACCCCCAAUUUGAAGCGUAUAUGGCCAUAAGCUAGCCCCUUCCAGCUGUUGUGCAACUACAAACCCCAUCAUGCUUUGCCAGAUCUAAAGUUGGAGGGGGCUACCUCUUGGACACCCCUUGAUUAGAUACACCAAAGCUAACCUCUGGCACUGCUGCUGUUAUGGACAACAUUUACAUUGAUGGAAAAACUGCUGAGAGUUAUGGGAGUGGCAGUCAAAAAUGGUUAUCACUAAAUCAUAACACGAAAAAAAAAGCCAAUAUCUCAGUUCUUCAGACCUAUUACAUCUGGUUGGUAAAACUAAACGAAACUAGCAGCAUGAUAAAGUAAGUGAUUUAGGCAGAUGACUAAAGGGGCGGGGGAGAGGGGGAUGAGGGCAAAUACUUUGGCAAGUGACAUGGCACACUAUGUAACCAGCUGUUGAACAUUAGUGUUUACAAUUAUUGAAUCGUUAUUACGAAAGAGCUGAAGGAGUUUUCUGAAUCCUAAUUGUACCGAAAAUGGCUCAUAGCAGGUUUUUCUUUUAUAAAGAGGGAUUCUGGAGCAAUGUGCUAAAAUUGGAGCAAUUAAAUAGGCCCAUUCCAUUGGUUUCCAUGGUAACUGCUCCACUGUUACAUGAACCUGACCACGAAAAAGUUUGUUUUAAACAUGAACGUUAUGUUUUAAAUGGAGGACUGGUUUGUCAAUCCGUAACAUUUGUUUCCAUUUCAAUAAUUGUGAACCCUUCUGUAAUAUUUAUAUUGUUUGUCGUAAAUGCCAGAUGACGUGUCUGGGCUAAUAUGAUGCUAAGGGACAUGCCUACCUCUUGGCAUCAAGGGGUUAAUUUGUGCAUUGUCACAAUUUGCUAAGCACUUGAGAUCCAAGAUUAGCGUUCAGUAAGGUCAUAUUGAGUGUAAUUAUGGGCAUUUACCUUUUAGAUAUAAAACAUAAAUUCUCAAAGCAAUGAUAUGGGGCAGAUUAAAAGGAAUAUAUAUUUUAUAAAAUUAUUAAAGAAAAUAAAAAAUAAAAAUGAACAUAUUCUGAAAUGAUGGCCAUUAGGUUGCACUCCAUUUACUAUAUGUUGGUAUUGCUGGAGGGAUUUGUUUGAAUGAUGUUGGGUGCCCACACUUGUCUUAGAGUCAGUCGUCCCAUUCAUCCCAAUGUUUCUUGAGGUUAAAAUCAGGGCUUUGCGUAGCCUUCUCUCAUUUGUUACCACAAAUAGUCCGGAAUAUCACUGUAGGCUGAUAUAGUAUUUUCACUUGAAUGAAGGGACAUGGAGAGCGGAGUCAGAUUACAGUUAGCACCUUGCAGGCAGGCAGGUAGUUUAUUUGGAGUAUAUAUCUGUCAGGCCGCCAGGUAUUGAAUAGUGAUUCAUCACUCCACCUGGCAUUGAUGCCAAUCUUGCAACAACAAAAAAACUCCUUUCGAUGCAAUAGCAAUACUUCAAUUGAAGUUCAAUUUAUAUAAAAGAGAACAUCGAAAGGAAAAAACAUGUAUUCCUGACACUAUAGUGCUGAAGUGGCUGUUUAGGUGCCGGCCCCUCUCUCUGUGCAGUAAAAGGCGUUUAGAGUGCUAAGACUGCAGGGACAGGCAUAUUAAACUGUAGUGGUUCUGGUGAUUAUAGUGUCACUUUGAAAAAAGUCCAAGAAUAUAUGUGAAAGUCAUUGACCUUGUCUAUUUUUGCUUCUUGUCCCAAAAUUGCACCUCAGACUGGAGGAUGCACAUAGUCCAUCAUCAUUUGUGGAUUGUCUGCUCAGUGACCAAGAACUGAUUUCCACCUGUUUUCUGAUUGUCUGAACACAUCAAACAGUAAAUCAGGUUUAUAUCAGUUAGGCAAAGCCUGUGUAGGGGGGUACAUGGUAGUAAGGGCAGAUAUAUGGGCUCCAUAAACCAGGCCAGGAGAUUAAAGUCUGUUCUUUAUGGAAGGAGAAGCAGGAUAGAAAAAAAAGAGGAAAAAUGCAUGAGGGAGACAAUACAAAUUUCAGAACAUUGGGAAGCAAGUCAAUAAUUUGCCAGGAAAGGCUGGUGGGAAGGACGUUUCAAUGAAAUAAACGAUGAAGGUUGUGAAUUAGAAUCUACGUUGUAUUUUGAGUGAGAUAUUGGUGGAUAAUUAUCAGCAUCGUUGUGGAUAUGACACAAAGGCCUUGCGCUUGGUUGGGUGGAGAAAUAAUAAUAUUACCUACAGUAAAGUAGUAAAUGGCCCAGGGGCAGUUGGUAACAUGAGAUAUGAGAGAGGGCAAAAGAUCAGGCAAGGAGAUGUCAAUCUGGUCAUGCCUGACAUGGAGGAAUUACCAAAUGAUGUAACAGGCUUGCCAAGAAAAGACUUGCAGAGGAAGAAGAGUAUGGGGUCAAAGAGCAAGGGGAGAUGUUCCAAUAGCCCCACCACUGGUGGUCUCCUUAGGUAGCACAUCCUUGUCUUCUAGUUUUGUCUGUUCUGUUGGCUUCAUCUCAGCAUGCUCCAGUUUUGCAUCAUCUAGUUCCUGUACUCCAAAUUGGCUGCGUUCUGUGUUCCAGGCUCCAGGGCUGUGGAUUUUGGCAUGUUCCUGAGUUUCCUGUGUUCCUAUCUCAGUGCCAACCUGGAAAUUUCCUGGUUGUGCUUUUCCUUGCCCUACCUAGUCUUUGUGCAACCGGUUUGUCUGGUAUGAUUGUCUGGAUAUUAUUAACUUAGUACUGUGAACAAAGGAGCUUGAUCCUGGCCCCUAGUAUCCUUUCCAUUUACAGUCCUGGCUGUGGUAAUCAUUAAGCUGAUGGCUCAGCAUGAUAUGGAUUAUUGAGAAUUCAUGUGUACUGGGCAAGAAUGACGAUGGAAUGCAGCUUGUAGAGAAAUUAUUGGUGAUCACCAAUGUCAAAGGCACAAUAUUAAAUACACCUGCUAUGCAAGAAUGUAUAUUAACACAAUACAAAGACAAGUUUCAUGCUUGAAUAGUUACUGGUCUAAAUUAAAUGCAUCUUAAAGUUUCAUGGAGGGAAGCAAUUUUUUUUUCACGCUUUCUGCUGUUAGUUAUAGCAACAUCACAUAGUUUUGUUAGUAACCAUAGAUCUGAAGUCAUCCCUAUAAAUUCUGUGGAAGUGGUCAGAUGAUGAGAUGUGUGCGGCAGAGUGCAAACACACCUUCAUGUUGCCAUGCACUUGAAAUGUGUAAUUUGCACAGAACGCCAGACUGUGCCAAAACGGCUUUACUUAUGAUAAAAAAUAAUUUCUAUUAAACACAAGUAACAGCUAGCAUUUAGUUUACUAGCUUUGAUGAAUAAGCCUUUAAGCUUUAAAAUUACAUGCUUUAUAAAACUGGUUCAGUAAUGGAAAUGCUCUCUCCAACCUGCAGCAAAAUUAAAGUAAAAUACCUUUCGUUACAUGAAGAUAUAGAUGAAUUCUGCAUUUCAGCUCCAUGUUACUGACUGAGUCCCACUCUCUUUCAGGUAUGGCUGCUCUGCACGAAGCAGUACUUUCAGGGAAUCUGGAUUGUGUAAAGCUGCUGAUAAAAUAUGGAGCAGACAUAGAACAAAGAGAUGAGAAUGGAUGGACCCCUUUGCACAUGGCCUGCAGUGACGGGCACCCACACAUUGCCAGGUGAGAACACAGUGUUCAUUCCUUUUGCCAUCAUAUACCAUCCUUCUACUAAGGGGCCAAUAAGCAUUACUUAUGCACACAGAACUACAAAUGUCCAGUAUACAUCUACAGCUGAGUGGACUGACCCUCCCCCCCCCCAGCCUGUCCUUGAGGAAUUCCCACUAGCCCCCCCAGCCUGUCCAUGAGGAACUCCCACUGAUCCCACCGACCUGUCUUUAUCUCUUGUCCUUACACCAGUUCCUGAGAGGUAAAUGUACUCUGGUUUUGAUUCAUUCACAUUUAAGAUUUAAGGGUGAUAAUAAGAAUAUAUUUAAAACAAAUUGCGCAGGUAACAUUUUAUUUGCUCAUUUAUAUUUUUAGUUUAGAUAUCUUGGUCUAAUAUUUGAAAUUAACUUUGAAUUCCUGCCAGAUCACACUUUGUUACCAUCUGCACCGGCACAGGGUUCUUAGACCAUCACCAACCCAAUCUUAUCUAUUGAGUAACUGGGAGGCAACAUAUUCCAAACCAAUCUACGGAAUAUUGUCUUAACACCCAACAACAAUAAAGAAUAAAGUCAAUAUAAUAUCAAACUGAAGCUUAAUACCUAAAAUGUCAAGUUCUCUAUCAGGGCACCAUGAUGACUCCCACCUGUAAAGACAGUUGGAAAUAUGAGACAGCAAUGACGCUUUGUGGACAGACUAGGAUUGAGUUCCCACAGGGCCCUUCGCCUCCCCCCUUACUCCAACUAUAUGGAUUGUAAAUGUGGCCCAACUUGACAAAGUUUCUUCAUGGCUCCUUGAGCACUGUCCAACCCCUGGACCUUAGGCAGCUGCCUUUGAAUCUGGCUAUGUUUGUGGAUGAUGUAAUCCAUGAGAUAUAUAGCUGCAUCUUCUUUUAUUUGUAUAUUGACUGGCUUGGUGCUUCUGUUUCUGUUACUAACUAUAAAUUGCACAUGACAAUCGAUUCCAGCUCUAUAGCCCAGUUCUAAUUGUUUGUUUUCCUUUAAAAAUCACAUGCCUGUAUGCAUUAAAGCAGUCAAAGGGAAGUUUUUUUUGUCUACAGUAAGAACAAUAAGGAUAUGGAAUUCUCUGCUUGAAUAAGUGGUUUUAUCAGAAUCCGUACAGAUGUUUAAAAAGCAACUGGAUGCAUACGUGCAAAAACACAUAAUAUUCAUGGAUAUCAUUUUUAAUUUGUGAGAUAAUAGCUUCUUGAUCCAAGGAGAGAUCUGGCUGCCAUUCUGGAGUCAAGAAGGAUUUUAUUCCUAGUUUGUUGCAAAAUUGGAAGUGCUUCAAAGUGGGUUCUUCUUUGACUUCUUUUGGAUCAACAGCAAAAAACAGAUGUGAGGAAGGCUGAACUUGAUGGACACAUGUCUCUUUUCAGCCUAUGGAACUACUGGCACUAAUAUCUUGGUACUUUCACAGGUGCACAGGCUGUACCUGGGUCUUUACUCACCAAACAGCAAGCUGACCACCUGAUUGCCACAUGUAGCACAGAGGGGAAAAAAUAGACAAAAAUCCACUUGGAUACAUUUUUUAUUGUGAAGUCUUAUUCAUUUAUUCGCAGGCUUUUUACCAGCUCCCCUUAUUCCAUUGCUGACACAGGGGCAAUUGAAUGGAAUUUAAACCAAAUCGACCCAUUUAUUCUCAGAGAGCUCGUUGUUUUGUUCCCCUCUAAAAAAGGUUAAUUUUAAUGUAUUUGCUAAAACAGUCUAGACUGUUGUGGGGAUUAGUUGAGUAUUGCUCUCCAACGCUCCAGUGACAGCUGUGUGGUUAUUUGGGGCUCUGGGUAUUUUCUAAUUCUGCAAUUAUAUGCUGGCCUUCAUCCCAAACUGAAGGACUGUGGGUUUGACCUUAGCUGGAGAACAAGGCUUCCCCAGCAUGGGGUCGAACAAAUGUAAGGGUGCACUAAACAUGACUAGCUCAUGUGGGAGUGGGGGGAUUAUAUUCUUCUGCAAUUAAAGGAAAACUGUUCAUUUUUUAUUUUUAUUGAAAAAAACAAGUAAUAUAACCUGUUUGUAAUUUAAUGAAUAAAUGUGAGUUAAUGUUAGUUUAUUACAUACAUUAGCAUUGCUCCAAGGGGCCAGCCAUAUUCUCUCUAUUUGGUGGGACGCUCUAUGGAUCUGCUAAAACCAGGCAUGCACCCUCUAAAGGACUGAAAUCAUCCCAGAGUGUAUAUCUAAACUGUGCAGUACAUGAUGUCAGGAUUCAUGUUUGUGGACUAGCUAGCAGUUACUUACAUUAUUUUGAUCAGAGGGCAAACCAUGAGAGACACUGAAAAAAGGUAUUAACUCAUAAAGUGAUACAAGGUCCUUUUAAAGGGCCACUGUAAGCACCACAAUCACUACAGCACGCUGCAGUGGUUAUAGUGCCAGGAGACCUUUGCACAGUCUGACACUUACCUGUCUCUGUUGUUGCUGUGAUCCUUCCGCCCUGAGCUGGUAUGGUAAAGCAGAUCUCCAUACUUUGAAUUAUUCAUUGGCUGAGAGUGUCACCUGAUGGAUCUUAGCCAAUGGAUAAUUCCUCAUGGAUUGGUUUGAUAACGCAGCACUAUAAACCUCCGUUUUACAGUACUAGCUCAGACUGUAAGCGGUGUGGGCCCGCGAAGGACCAAGCUAACACCAUACUUAAACUUUUUGACAUUUAGUCAGGCCGCGUCAGCAUUCCCUGGCACCAAAACAACUACAGUCCACUGUUGUGGUUAUGGUGCUUAGAGUAUCCCUUUAAGCAGAGACUGUUUAGUUUAGAGAGGGUAGUAUGUUUAUGUGAGGUAUCUUUUAUGAUGAUGAGCCACUUUCUUUUUUUUUUAUACACAGUAGCUAAUUGUGAAUAUAAAUGUAAACGUAUUAAGCAGCAAAUUCUGAUGAGCUGAAAACCAGAAUGUGGAAUUUAUCCUAGAGUAGUUGAGUUUUGUACCAAACUAUAGUACAAAACUAUAACAUUUUUCAGCAGACGCCCUCGUACGAUUGAGCCCACACAGGGCAUUAAGGUGCAUGACAUCACCCAGGACAACCUGUGCUGGAGAGGUAAGUACAUUUUUUACUUACCCCCCGCUGCGCUGUUCAGUAAGUAAGUGAUUCAGUAGUGAAUCUGUUGGCUGAAUAACUGUAAUGUGUUUGCACUAACACUGAGCAUGUUUAUCGGGCUAAUAUUAGUACUGAGCUUGUUUGUGGGGGGUUGGGCGUCAAUCGAUGUUUUACAUCGGGCACCAGUGAGACAGCCCUGCUGUUUCAGAUCUUCUCUCCGUAAAAUGAGAACUUGCCUGCUGGCUUCCUUCUCAGAUUCUAAAGAGAGGCAUUCGGGUUAAUGUUAUAAGUAGCAUUUAUGUUGCAUGCCUCCCGCGUGAGACACGUGUUUAAGACCUGGGACAACUUUGUUUUAUUACCCCAACUCUUUCCUUACUUGCAAGGCCUUUUGAAAACUUCACGCUAACCAUGAUAUUGAAGAAGGCACUGAAUGUUCAAUGAUAAAAUUGUACCUAACGGAAUGCAUGUCAUGGAUAGAAACGGAAACAGUCACUUCAAAGGCUUUUUAAUACUACAUUGGCUCAUGGGUGUAGGAAGCAGGGGGUGGAUGGCGGACCCACAAAUUCCCUGCUCCACACUUUGCACCUGUCAGUGAGCACAGGGAGUGAAGACGAAAAAGAAACCAUCUUUUUAUUUCUCCUCCUCAUUAGCAAUGUGUGCCCGGCCGGGGUUGGAUUGUGAUGUCAAUUGCUAAGAAUAAUACAUACCGUAUUUACUCGAAUCUAAUGCGCCAUUGUAUCUAAUGCGCACCUCAAUUUUUGAAACCUGGAAGCUAAAAAAUGUUUUUGCUGAUGAAUGUAAUACAACAUUGUGCUACUAUGAAAAUGCCAUAUACCACAAUGUAACACUGAUGUUAUUUCAAUUUUAGUGUUACAUGUUAAAAGAUCACUAUAGGGUCAGGAACAGAAACAUGUAUUCCUGACCCUAUAGUGCUUCCAGCCCCUUAUAAAAGUUUAAAACUUACCUUAUUUCCAGCGCUGCGUGGGUCCGCCGGCGCUGGCUCUGCCCCCUUUGUGACUUCACGAAAAUGGCCGAUUUUUAGCCAAUCCAAUGCUUUCCCAUAGGGAAAGCAUUGGAUUGGCUAAAAUCGGGACGAGGUGGGGCCACAUGCCAUUUUGGUCAAUCAGGACCUCCUCAUAGAGAUGCAUUGAAUCAAUGAAUCUCUAUGAGGAAAAUGCAGCGUCUCCAGGCAGAGCGUGGGGACGCUGAACGGCAGGGCUGCUUACUGUGCAGCACUGAGCCAGGAAGCACCUCCAGUGGCCAUCUGAGGAAUGCAAUGAGGGGCAAUGUAAACACUGCAUUUUCUCUGAAAAGGCAGUGUUUAAAUGAAAAUGCCUGAAGGGAACUAUAAUACGCACCAGAACAACUACAUUAAGCUGUAGUUGUUCUGGUGACUAUAGUGUCCCUUUAAGUCUAUUCUUUCUUAAGCCCUCUUUCACGAACAAAAUUUGCCUGUUUGAAUUUACCGGAAUGGAAUUUGCCUGUAUGAAUUUACCGGUUUUCAUUUGCCUGUGAGAAUUCGCUGGAAAGAUAAAAAUUUUGACCGAAAUGUAAUGCGCCAAUCGAAUCUAAUGCACAUUCAAAUUUUGGAAACUUUAUUUUAAAAAACAAGGUGCGCAUUAGAUUCCAGUAAAUACCGUAUUACAUUGUAUUGUACAUUUAGAAAAAAAACAGAACAUCACAAAAAGAAAAUAGCACAAGUCAUAGGUGAUUUUUAAUGUUUUAUUCAAUCAUAUAAUUUCCAGAGUAGUGAUGGUCAUAUACUGGAAAUUUUAGAAUGAGCUAAACUUACCUUUACUCCAGCAUAUUGGGAGAGACUUCUGGAGCUGUGUCCCCAAUCCUCCUCCUGAGAAGUUAUUAUUACUAUGAAUUGUAUCCAGUAAAAUGCUUCUCAUAUUGAAGGAUUGAACACACAGCGCAUGCAUAGAGACCAGCGCUCAUUACCACUUUCAACUCUAGUUCAAAGUGAGUGAAUCCGGAAACCCUCCUGGUUGUCUGUUCGACAGCCAAGACGUGUUACUAAGUUGAUUUAUAAAAGUGUUGAUUUCUUUUGAGAUAAGCCUGCAGUGACAUGCACUUAAUCUCUGAAGCACCUCAGCAAGCUGGACUAGACUGUCCCUUUAACUUCAAAGUGACAACAAGUAAAUGUGGGAUCUUGGGAUAGGGUAUGACUUCUGAUAGGUUGAAGAGACCAUUAAGCACUUGCAAUUAACUCACAGGGAAUGUAAAAUUCACAGGUGAUUAACUUGUUAUUUGCAAUCAGCGUCCUUUCUGGCAGACGUAAAGUUUGGCACGACUACUCAGAAAAGAAUAAUCAAAAGGGGGGAAAAAUGACUAUUCAAACUAAAAAAAACAAAACAAAAUCCUUCAUUUUUCAAACCACUAGGAGUAACCUGUUUCUGUGAUGGCGCCGUGCACAAUUGCGGCACCCUUGAAUGUAUAUAGUUACCGCUAAGAUCACAGCUUGAAUAGAGCAGUAAUUGGAUCACACAGAAAGAGAUUUGUUUGGACUUUUCUGAAGAGGUGGAUUUUCAGGGAUUUGGCUGUCACAUAAUAUUAACUGGACAGGUUUAGGUCAUUAGCAAAGGCUUGAGGUCUGAUUGAGAAAAUCUUAAAUGUUUACUCAUCUGAUGGGCUCUUUUAUUUAAGAAUAAUAACUGUAUUUCUAUAUAAAUAUGAGCAUAUUCAACUGCAUUUGUUCUGGAGGUACAAAGGAUCCUUACGGCAUUUUUGGCCAUGGGCUGAAAGCCAGUAGAGAAUGCCAAGGGUAGACUGUUAACCCUCCGAAGUGUCCUCGUUCCAGUGGAAUAGUCCCAUACCACCUAGCUGACCCUAUUCAGGAGGGAUAGUCCCUCUUGUGAGCCCAAAUCCUUCUGCCGCCCCCCCCCCCUUUUUUUUUAAUCCUAAAUGGGUACUAUAAGCACCCAUUUAGGGUGUUUUUGUGUUUUUUUACAGAGUUUGAAACGAUGCUGGAUGUCCGCGAAACGAUGCUGGAUGUCCACACGCUUUACAUGAGGACAUCCAGCGUCCUCUAAAACCCCAUAGAAAAGUGUUGAGUCAAAGCUUUCCUACAGGGGAGGCCAAAUGUGCAUUAGCUCCCCCCAUUGGCUAAUGUUGGGGGAGGAAGAGACUAAGCCAGUGCCAAGGCCUUAGUGCUGAGAUUAAGUGUUUUUUUUUUAACCUUUUUCUUGUCAUUGGGUAGAGGUGGAAGGGGGGGGGGGGAUACACUCAGACACUCCAACAAUUUAGGAGAUCCAAAUUGUUGGAAUGUCUGAGUGUAUCAUAGAGCUCCACGGUAAUAAUAUUCCCAGUAAUGUGUCUGAGUGUAUAACAGAGCUCCACAGUAAUAAUACUCCCAGUAAUGUGUCUGAGUGUAUAACAGAGCUCCUCAGCUAUAAUACUCCCAGUAAUGUGUCUGAGUGUAUAACCGAGCUCCACAGCAAUGAUACUGUCAGUAAUGUGUCUGAGUGUAUCACAGAGCUCCACAGCUAUAAUACUCCCAGUAAUGUGUCUGAGUGUAUAACAGAGCUCCACAGCAAUAAUACUCCCAGUAAUGUGUCUGAGUGUAUAACAGAGCUCCACAGCAAUAAUACUCCCAGUAAUGUGUCUGAGUGUAUAACAGAGCUCCACAGCAAUAAUACUGCCAGUAAUGUGUCUGAGUGUAUAACAGAGCUCCACAGCAAUAAUACUCCCAGUAAUGUGUCUGAGUGUAUAACAGAGCUCCACAGCAAUAAUACUCCCAGUAAUGUGUCUGAGUGUAUAACAGAGCUCCACAGCAAUAAUACUCCCAGUAAUGUGUCUGAGUGUAUAACAGAGCUCCACAGCAAUAAUACUCCCAGUAAUGUGUCUGAGUGUAUAACAGAGCUCCACAGUAAUAAUACUCCCAGUAAUGUGUCUUGAGUGUAUAACAGAGCUCCACAGCAAUAAUACUCCCAGUAAUGUGUCUGAGUGUAUAACAGAGCUCCACAGCAAUAAUACUCCCAGUAAUGUGUCUGAGUGUAUAACAGAGCUCCACAGCUAAAAUACUCCCAGUAAUGUGUCUGAGUGUAUAACAGAGCUACACAGCAAUAAUACUCCCAGUAAUGUGUCUGAGUGUAUAACAGAGCUCCACAGCAAUAAUACUCCCAGUAAUGUGUCUGAGUGUAUAACAGAGCUCCACAGCUAUAAUACUCCCAGUAAUGUGUUUGAGUGUAUAGCAGAGCUCCACAGCAAUAACCCUCCCAGAAAUGUGUCUGAGUGCAUAACAGAGCUCCACAGCACUAAUACUCCCAGUAAUGUGUUUGAGUAUAUAACAGAGCUCCACAGCAAUAAUUCCCCCAGUAAUGUGUCUGAGUGUAUAACAGAGCUCCACAGCAAUAAUUCCCCCAGUAAUGUGUCUGAGUGUGCAACAGAGCUCCACAGCAAUAAUACUCCCAAUAAUGUGUCUGAGUGUAUAACAGAGCUCCACAGCAAUAAUACUCGCAGUAAUGUGUCAGAGUGUGUAACAGAGCUCCACAGCAAUAAUACUCCCAGUAAAGUGUCAGAGUGUGUAACAGAGCUCCACAGCAAUAAUACUCCCAGUAAUGUGUCAGAGUGUAUAACAGAGCUCCACAGCAUUAAUACUCCCAGUAAUGUGUCUGAGUGUAUAACAGAGCUCCACGGCAAUACUACUACCAGUAAUGUGUCUGAGUGUGUAACAGAGCUCCACAGCACUAAUACUCCCAGUAAUGUGUCUGAGUAUAUAACAGAGCUCCACAGCAAUAAUUCCCCCAAUAAUGUGUCUGAGUGUAUAACAGAGCUCCACAGCAAUAAUUUCCCCAGUAAUGCGUCUGAGUGUGCAACAGAGCUCCACAGCAAUAAUACUCCCAAUAAUGUGUCUGAGUGUGUAACAGAGCUCCAGGGCAAUAAUACUACCAGUAAUGUGUCUGAGUGUGUAACAGAAUUCCACGGCAAUAAUACUCCCAGUAAUGUGUCAGAGUGUGUAACAGAGCUCCACAGCAAUAAUACUCCCAGUAAUGUGUCAGAGUGUAUAACAGAGCUCCACAGCAAUAAUACUCCCAGUAAUGUGUCUGAGUGUAUAAAAGAGCCCCACAGCAAUAAUACUCCCAGUAAUGUGCCUGAGUGUAUAACAGAGCUCCAUGGCAAUAAUACUACCAGUAAUGUGUCUGAGUGUGUAACAGAGCUCCACAGCACUAAUACUCCCAGUAAUGUGUCUGAGUAUAUAACAGAGCUCCACAGCAAUAAUUCCCCCAGUAAUGUGUCUGAGUGUAUAACAGAGCUCCACAGCAAUAAUUCCCCCAGUAAUGUGUCUGAGUGUGCAACAGAGCACCACAGCAAUAAUACUCCCAAUAAUGUGUCUGAGUGUAUAACAGAGCUCCACAGCAAUAAUACUCCCAGUAAUGUGUCAGAGUGUAUAACAGAGCUCCACAGCAAUAAUACUCCCAGUAAUGUGUCUGAGUGUGUAACAGAGCUCCAUGGCAAUAAUACUACCAGUAAUGUGUCUGAGUGUGUAACAGAACUCCACGGCAAUAAUACUCCCAGUAAUGUGUCUGAGUGUAUCACAGAGCUCCACAGUAAUAAUACUCCCAGUAAUGUGUCUGAGUGUAUAACAGAGCUCCACAGCAAUAAUACUCCCAGUAAUGUGUCUGAGUGUAUAACAGAGCUCCACAGCAAUAAUACUCCCAGUAAUGUGUCUGAGUGUAUAACAGAGCUCCACAGCAAUAAUACUCUCAGUAAUGUGUCUGAGUGUAUAACAGAGCUCCACAGUAAUAAUACUCCCAGUAAUGUGUCUGAGUGAAUAACAGCAAUAAUACUCCCAGUAAUGUGUCUGAGUGUAUAACAGAGCUUCACAGUAAUAAUACUCCCAGUAAUGUGUCUGAGUGUAUAACAGAGCUCCACAGCAAUAUUACUCCCUGUAAUGUGUCUUCAAACUGCAAAAAAUGUGUGUAGAAAUCCCUCUGUGUAAAUAAGAUACAUUGUUCUUGUUCUAAAUGUAAUUUUCGUUUUAUACAUUAUUAUUAAUAAAUCACCUAAAAUAUCUUAGUACAGGCCCGACCCUGGCUACUCCCUGUAGCGGAGAGGCAGUAUGAUCCACGAUAUCUCCGCUGGGUAACAGGAACAACAAAGGAUAAUCCAGGGAAUCAGCAUAUAAUAAUCCAAACAGCACUGCAGUAACCCUUCCUUCCCAAGAACUAGACGACACAUAGGCUGGGAGUCAACUGAGGUUUUAAUCACAGGUCACAGUAUUUAUGCAAUUCCCCAUGCAAGGGGUUUCCAAACAGACAUUACAGGGGUUGUACAGGAGGGGACUACAUGGGGACUUACUGUACUACAUAUUUCUCCCAUCAGGCACCGCUGCACGAGAGGGAUCAUCCUCCCAGAAUGCACCGUUAAGGGGAUUAUCCCCUCGUGCAGCAGAACCGGCAAUUCACACAAAAAUCCACAGUUGGUACAAUAUACGGUGGAUUUACACGAAUGGACGUUCGGUAGAUAGCUGGGGUCUGGGUGCAUCAUUCGUGAGAUUGCCGCUCAGAUCCCAGCUAAAAUAACCGAACGCCGCACAGAAAACACCUUUCUUUCAAAACACAUGAAAAGAACCGAUUGUCUUUAGUGAACCUGGUCCUGAAACUCCCGAACGUCCUGGAGGCUUAACGGUGUUCGUGCCGUCGAAUAACUGUUGGGAAUGCUAUGCGUUCGACGACACGGACCCGCUGACGAACCAGGGAUCCAAGAUGGCCGCCCGCCGCAUGGUCGGUAGUCGAACGACGGCCACCCAGGAGAGCCUCUAAUAACCGAUUGCAACAAUGUUGCAAUCGGUUAACUAGCGCCACACGCCUCUAAGUGUGUGGGCUAUUAGGGGGUAUCGCAUUCGUUUCACGAACGGCCCUCCAAAGUGCCGUUCGCGAAACGAACGGGAAUCCCCAUACAAACCGCCAUUUGCAUUCGGCGGAACAGAUAGGUACAGGCAAUGCAGGGAAUACAUGAAGCAGGCACAUACAGGUACAAUGCAUCUCUCUCCAGACCUAUAGGCAACCCUUAAAGGCAUAGUGUCCAGUUAUAGUCCGAGUGGCUAGGUUUGCCACACUCCCCCACUCACACCCCUACAAUAAAAGUGUUCCACUUUGUCCAUUUGAAAUGUUGGGAGGUAUCUAACCCUAGUUUGGAAAAUCUAUCCUACUAUCCCCAAUGUUUUGUCCUGCUUCUUGGGAAACUAGACAAAUGAUGCACUUGAUGAGUACACGCUGCUUCCGCCCAAGAACUCAACAGUAAAGGGACACUAUAGUCACCGGAACAACUACAGCUUAUUGCAUUUGUUCUGUUGAGUAGAAUCAUUUCCAUCAGGCUUAUUGCCGUAAACACUGUUUUUUUUUAGAGAAAAUGUAGUGUUUACAUUAAAGCCUAGUGAUAACUCCACUGGCCACUCCUCAGAUGGCUACUAGAGGUGCUUCCUGGGGCUGUGCUGCACACUGUGCAGUACUGCCAUUCGGUGUUUCCACCCUCUGCAUGCAGACACUGAACUUUCCUCAAAGAGAUGUAUUGAUUCAGGGCUGUGUUUAACUUGUGCUGGCUCUGCCCCUGAUCUACCUCAUUUAAAGUCUCAGCCAAUCCUAUGGAGAAGCAUUGUAAUUGGCUCAGACCACCACUUCUGAUGAUGUCAGCAGACAGCAGGCAGGUCUCAGGCAGCCAGAGGCAGAGUCAGCAGCUGUAGACUUGAAUACAAAUAAGAUUUUAAUAUAUUUAAUGAUUUUAACACUACAGGGUCAGGAAUACAUAUUUGUUUCUUUAAUGGCCAAUCAUUUCCAUCCAAGUUUGGCCAGAUUACAGGUAAUUCUGAGAUGAAACUCCUGCUCUAACUUAGCGGCAGCACUAAGUGAGAGCAGAGUCCUGUUGUUUUUUUUUUGUUGUUUUUUUAAACUUGUCAAAAUGGUUUGACAAAAAACUGGAGCAUCUGGACCCAAAGAUUCCUUGCUCCAUAGCUGCUAUGACAGUCUUUAUAGGGCUCUAGUAGUUAUAGUGCUGAAAGUAUCCCUUUAAUGGGAACCAUAUAAAAAUGGUGUGUGUAAAUUGCCGCAGGUGUGCAGGAAAUCCAGUUUAUGCAAAUGUAGUGUAUGUGUGUACAUAUAUGCUAAAUGUUAUCCUAUAAUACAAAGAUAUUUUUCUGUCUUUCCUUAGGUAUCUCCUCUCUCUUGGAGCACGACAAGAUGUUGUAAACAGCGAUGGGGAAACACCAAGUGAGCUAAUAGACUCAGACUGCGAGGAGUUAGUACAAAUCUUUAAACCAAGAGGUGGUGGAGCAGACAAGGAAUAAAUCCCAGGUCAACAUCCAGAGGAGGCCUUUCUAAUGUGCUGCCCCCUAGUGGUGGCGAGGCUUUAAAACAGCGGACUAUCGAGGUUUCCUCUGGAUCUCUAACAUACAUUAAUCCUUCUCAGACCCGAAGAGACUCUCUGUGAUCAGCCAAAGUCACAAGGUCUACAAUGGGUCAAAUGAACUCAAUACGACAUCACGUCUGGAAAUAUCGAUUUAAAAUGUCUGUCGCGUUUUGAAAAAUCAGCAAUUCAACCAAUGGUGUUUGGGGUGGGGAAUUAGUUACAUUACAAGAAUAUGGUUGCCUUCAAAUUAUCUCUGCUUGGUUACAUUAUUGCUGGAUUGUUACAUACUUUCAAUGAACUAUCAAAGGAUCCAGAUCAUACACAAAGCAAUGUAUAUCUGUUCGCAGAACACUAUAUAAAAGUGUGCUGAAAGAUGUACAUAUUUAUAUUUAUACUGCUGCAUUGGAAAUAACAUAGAAUUGUCUGAGAGUUGCUUGUUCCUUUACAGUGAAUUAAAAAAAACAUCUUCCAAAUGGCAAACAUCGACGUGUCUGCGAGCUGAGUGUGUUUGUGAAAAGCCAAACGGUUUUGCGUCAGUGCGAAGAGUGUUUGUAAAAUGCACGUCAAUGUGUGAUAACUGUUGGUCUGCUACAGUUUUCUCAUUUGGUUAUUAUUCAUUCUUUAUGUAAAUCAUUUUGUAGAAAACUUAUAACAAAGGUUGUAUGAAGCAAACAAAUGAACAUAAUCGUAAUGUAUUAGACAAUACUUUGCAUCAUGACUCAGUAUGGUAUACAUCAUCUAAUAGUUAGUAACAAGAAACCUUCUAAAAUGAAAUGGUUAGUUCUAACACUAAAUGCAGGCAAUUUUUGUAGAUUCCGUCUAUUUUUCAUAUAACUCGUUUAUCUAUCAAAGCAGAAAAUGACCACAGGUUCACUUACAGCUCUACAAAUGUGAGGCCGUACGUACUUUGAAAUGGACACGUUACUGUAGCUAAAUUCAAGAUGUCCGGCUGGCGCCCAAUUGGUGACGAGGGGUCUUGGUCAUGUCGGCCCUAACUAAUGCCUUUCUUUUAAUAAAAGUUUCUUCCUGUUUAGCAGCCCUACCCUCCCAAGUGUUCCUUUUUUCCUACACUUUGAUAAGAUAUUAGACUUAUGCCUUUAAAAUGCUAAAGGGAAAUGUACUGACUGUUUUAUUACUCUGUUACUGAAUGUGCAUGCUCACCAGAUCUACGAAAGAUUCUUCACAAAUAGCUUAGCUAGUGAUGGAUGUUGGGAAAAGACAAGAAUUGUUGGCGGAAGCUCCUUUGAAACUCAGCCUUUUGUCAACCUUGGCAAUUGUAGAGAAGACAAAUUUGUCCCUAUUUUGUCUUAUAUUGUUUAAUUGUAU